UCGACCAUAGUAGUGCGUCGACGGAGAACUGUUUCACACACGUGAAUGUUUAUGUAAAUGUAAUAGUCAUUUAAUUUGAUUCAGUCUGUAAAUGUUUAUCAUUGGAAAGAACGAAAUUGUCCACACUCUGAAAAUGACUCUACAUGAUAUUGAGGAUAAAAUUGCAUUGGAUAUUGACAAACUGGGACCCGGUGAUAUAUGGCCAGCACUACGUCAGGCGAUGAUGAGAGCAUACACGGACGCCAGACUAACCUGUGGCGUCGUUGACUGCGCUAAACAACUUCAAACGGAACCAGAUCACGUGUUCUUGUGCAUUCUUCCGGAAACUGCCGAUCGGAUUACCUCGGUGAGAAUCCAACACAAGCUUAUGGAGGCUUACUGCAGGGAAAACGGAAUACCUGUUAUAAAACUCGAAAUCAAAACAGCGAUAAGCGAAAUGUUGAAACAGGUCAAGGUCGCCGCCAAAAAUAACCACACCCAUCCACGACUCGAGCGGAAAACUAGUAACCCACGUGACUUCAACUGCUUCCUGGUUACUGACCCGGAUGUUAUGUCGUCUGAUGAAUUGCGGGUGCAGAAGUUUUGUGAUGCAAUCGAAAAGGAGGCGGAGAUCAUCGUAGAAAUACCCAGCUGAGCGAUGUUCGGCAUAUCAUAGUUUUCAUAAUGCAAGAAACCGUGUUUUCUUGCCAUCUUACUCGCUGACCUCUCGUUGCCAUGACAACGAAACCCGGAAUUUCGUCACGUUACACCGGGUUGGUGCAGACAACAGACGUCAAAAUAGUUCCAGUUCAACACUUUCCUAGCGGACGAAUUCGAGAUCAUUCUGUUUACGUCAUUUACAGUGGCUCGUGACACCUGGAAAAUAUAUGUGUCAUUAUAGACUGCUUUUAUAGCAGACCAGUUUCCAAGUAAAGUGCGUCAGCGAUUUGUGAUUAAAUAUGUUUCUCUCUAUUGGCGGAUUUUCCUUCAUUAGUUGUGCAUACUCUGUAGAAUAAUUGUUACUACGUUUAUCUGUAGUUCAUAAUGAACUAUCUCAAUAAUACAUGUAUUUACAAUAAUAUGUUGACAUUAAAGGUCUCAUUAUAAAUGGU